AAACUAAUGGUAACUUAUGGUUUUGAUAGUUAAUUUACUUGUAAUUAUUAGCCUAACUGUUUGGCCAAUUGUGGUCAGUGGUCGUCGAUGGGUGAAUCAGCCGAUUUACGGGUCAGUGGCCACACACGCCCGUUGGCGACACUAUGAAAAUGUUACCGAACUGGGCUGCGGUCGAGGCCGCCAAUCGGUGACAAUGUUAGGCAAGUGUUUCAAAUGGCAAAACAUUAUGGGCACUGGCCAGAUUCAACAGGGCCGGGAUGCCCAGUCAAUGGAGGCACCCUGGAUAGUCUACUUUCAUUUUAGCUAUGUACCCUGGUAUCUACCUGUUAUGUACACAAAAUGGUACUGUACUGGUUCAAUAAUAAAUAGACGUUGGAUACUUACUGCCGGCCAUUGUCUAUAUUUGCACGAAAAUGACAAACCACAUCCACUGGUACCUAACUGGGCAAUUAUAUCGGAUCUAAGUGUAUGGCCCGGCCUUCAGGAUUGGCCGUCGAGACCCAAUUCCUAUAGUGUAGCCGACUAUUGGGUAUUUCCGGCAUUUACGGCCAGCCAGAAGGCUAACUCGGCCAACGAUAUCGGACUAAUCAAACUAAAACAAGACAUACCGUUACGGAGUGAUUCAGAUGAUACCGGUGCCAGUGAUGGUGAACAGAUUGUACGCAACCAAAUGAAUGCAAUUUGUUUGCCAGAUAUGGGACUACGUAAUAACGAUUCCGAGUGGGCCUACUUUGCCGGUUGGGGUGCACUGGGACCCAGUCGGCAAAAUUGGGGACGACUACAGAUAGGGUCCGGGCGUAUCAGGUUUGAUAUUAUUGCAUUCAAAGCGGAUAAAAAGCCAAACUAUUGGAAAGAAAACUCGACAUACCUGAGCUUAAUGACCGGUCCGGGCGAACCAACAAUGUGUCAUGGUGAUUCAGGUGGUCCAUGGUGGCAGUACGACAGUGGACGAGCGAUACAGGUAGGUGUGAUGUCGAUGGGCACCGGCGACAAAGUGGACGGCUAUUGUCCCCAUCAGGACUACAAUAAAGAGUUAACGGGUGUUAGGGUUUCAUACAAAAUGGAUUGGAUUGUCGAUACCGUACGCAAACAUGAGGGUCGGGUGCAUACAGUGGCCAACUUUAUCGGCGGUCGGGCAUCGAUGCCGUGCGAGGUUGACCUGACCGGGUGCGGUAAUAUCUAUUUUAUUACGUGGACAAAAAACGUUACAAACGAUUGGCAGCGCGUGUUUCUCUAUAGUCAAUCGUAUGAGCGCGUGUUGGGUGACUUUGAAACCUAUUCGGCCGAUAGGGUCCGCUUCGAUGGCCAAUCAAUCAAUAGGACCGGUGCGGCCUAUUUGACAAUCACUCAGCUGGACAUUGUCGAUGAAGGUGUCUAUAAGUGUGACGUAACCUAUACCAGGCCUAACAUCAAUGGCAAGUGUCCAUCACUGACGUACACCCGAUUGCAUACGUUAGCAAAACCGGGUAAUCCAGUAAUCCGAGUGAACGGCCGUGAGAUCAAUCAGUAUCACAGUCAACGACACAACAAACAACAACAGUCUAUUAUAACUACCGGUGCCGUCGGCAUAGCUAAUAAUAGCAUCGAUGACUAUCCAUACUCAGCGUCAUCACCAUCGGGAACUACAUCUACAACAACAUCAACGACCACAACGACAACAACAAUACCGUCAAUAAUGUUGACAACAUCGACAAAACCCGAUGUCGGCGUCGAUAACAUCAAUGACCAACAAAUCGGUCCGUUUGCCGAAAGCUCGACCAUUGUAUUUGAAUGUUCGUCAUCUGGCGGUCGGCCACUGCCAGAAGUUCGCUGGUAUAACGGCACACGAUUGAUGCGAUCGAAGACAACUGUCCUCAACACAAACAACAACAACAACCCGAUCGGUACCGACCAAACGGCUACCGACACUGGUAGCGGCAGUGGACCGACAGUUACUUCGACAAUGCGUAUCAUAGCUACCCGCUAUGACCUGGGUGCCCGAUUUGAGUGUCGGGUCUGGAAUAAUGCAACCUCCCAACCAUUGUUCCAGUUGGUCCGUUUGGACAUACAGGUGCGGCCGCUGGCCCUGAAACUUCGUGGUCCCAAUCAGGCAGUAGUAGCCGGCGAAAUGGUAUCGAUGACCUGCGCGGUCGAAGGUGCCCGACCAGCGGCCAACAUAACAUGGUAUAACCGGUCGGAAGUGGUCGUCGGCCAGCAUCAUCCGCAGGCCAGCACCGACCUGAUGAGCGACGGUACCUAUAGGACAUCGUCGACACUGGUGUUUAUAGCCUCCCGUCACGACCAUAGCGGCGACUUUUUCUGUAAGGGCUCUAAUCAGGUGCUCCGUCAACGACAUGAAGUGCCACUAUUGCAGGGAAUUCACCUACAAGUGCUCUAUCCGCCAGCUGUGGCCAUACAGCCCGUGGGUAUUAUAUCGGUAAACGAGUCGUCAUCGGUACAAAUGUGGUGUACGUUUGACGCAAAUCCGCCAAAUGUUACCGAAAUUGUUUGGUACAAAAAUGGCCAACCAUUGGAUCAAUUGAAACAACAACAACAACUGACACCAUCGUCAUCAUCAUCAACAACGACAACAAUAGGCAACAAAAAGUUUAUGAAUAAUAAGAUAAAGUCGGGCACAGAUGUCAGGGGUAUACCUACUCUGACAAUCAAUGGCAUAGACAGAGAGGAUACGGCUAACUAUAGCUGCCAUAUGAAGAAUGCCUUCGGUAGGGGUAAUAGCCAUACCGUUACCCAAUUGCAAGUCACCUUCCCGCCGGUAGUGACCAUCGAAAUGGAGCCGACAGUAGUGAUAGAGUCGCCCAAUUCAAUGAUACGGCUCCGGUGUCUGGCACUGGAGGGUAAUCCACCGAAACUAUCGUGGGUUCAAUGGUAUUUGAAUGGCCAACCUAUCGAUAGUGACCAGUUUGCUGCAGCGGCUAACAGUGCCGUCGGCAAUACCGCUGCCGAUCAGCUAAUAAUGACAAACGUUAGCCGAUUACAGGCCGGCAACUAUACCUGUCGUGGCUAUAACGGUGCUGCAGAGGCCAGUCGUCUAUCGCCAGCCAAACAACUAUUAGUCCAAUACACACCGGGCGAUGCGAAACUGUCGGUUAUGAUGGCCAACAGUGACAACCUAUCAUAUGCUACCAAAGGUACGAUAGUUACACUUGAAUGCGAAACCAAUGAUCCGGGCAAUCCGGGAGCCCUGAGCUAUGUUUGGACACACAAUGGACGUCCGAUAGUACCGUUAGCUACUGAUCAGCCUAAUGUCUAUCGUACGGCACCGGCCGAUGUGGCCGUACGGGGCGAGUAUGCCUGCGCUGCUGUCAAUACUGUAGGACAGGGCCAGUGGGCGCACCUGUGGCUUGAAGUCAAAACGCCGCCCCGACUGAUCCAGGGUUUGGAGCGUACUAUCGGUUCUCUAUCUAACCGUUCCCUAACUCUAUCCUGUCGUGUGGAAUGUCAUCCAUUGUGUGCCAUCAACUGGUAUCGCAAUAACGAUAGUCUGGCACCGGUAGGCGAUUCUACUACUCCUACUGGUGCCGGCAGUGUCUACUACUAUCACAUUGAAUCAGUGGAACAUCCGUUAGACGAUCGGAACGGUGUUUUCGGCUCCCGAACCUCGUAUCUACACAUUCACAAUACUACAGCAUUGGAGGACAGGGAUGUAAUUGAGUGUCGAAGCGAUGAUAACGGUGUCGGCAGUCCUGUCCAUUCGGCAAUCGUCUACAGACAUGAAUUUGGUCCGCAAAACGUCGAGAUAUCUGUCCCUCGACUGGAGCUCAUGGAAGGCGAUCCCAUUGCCGACGAUCUGAUUGUCUGUACGGCCCGGGCCUACCCGAUGGCCAAUUACUAUUGGACACAUGGAUCAUCAAAUACCGACCAGAUAACCACUGUUGGCCGCUAUCUGACCUUUAACUCGACCGGCGGCCGUAUUACACGGGAACAGUCUGGUAACUAUACCUGUGUGGUAACCAAUCGACACGGCCAGUCACUCGGCUAUGUGGCCAUUACCGUAUUGUAUCGUCCCGAAUGCCAAAUGAAACGGGAGUACAGUUUCGAGGGUCGACCCAUACUGUCGUGUGAGGCCCAGUCCAAUCCGUCUGUGAUCAACUUUACCUGGUUUAAGGGCAACAAAACAAUAUCGGAAGUCCAAAGUUCAAUGCCCGACAACAACCCGGCCGGUCUGGGACCGGGAGGUGGUGGUGGUGGUGGUGGCGGCAGCGAUAGUGAACUGGGCAUCGGUGGCACAGGUAGUUCGGCAUCGAUGGUUGGCAGCAAACAGUCGACAGUGCUUGUACUGGCCGACAAUGAUGUCGAUGCCUACUAUUGUAUAGCCACUAAUACGAUAGGGUCGUCCCAGCCGUGCAAACUGCAUGUCCAACAAAUCGCAAGUGCUCCUUCAGGUUGGGUACAGACACUAUUGUCUGAUGAAAAUCUUAUAAUAGUGGCCAUCAGUGCCGGUGCUGUCGUAUUUUUGUUGGCCUCCAGUCUAGUCAUUGUUGUCAUCUGUGCGGCCAAACGUAAGCUUAAAGGCAUACACGGAGUCAAUGGUCUGAGUGCUCGACGGGCACAUCUGGUCGACGCACAGGGAGGUAUCGGUGGAUGCGGUGGUGCCGGUAGUAUAGGUGCCGCUAAUCCAUUGAUCAGCAGUGGUAUCGGUAGUGGUGGACAAACCUACGGACAAACAGCCUUUACAACCCGUUUCUCGUCCUCAGUGGCCAACAGUCCGUCCAUACAGUCGAUGGACAGUCAUAAGCAAAAGUCGGCAUCGUUUGCCUUAAUUAAUCAGUUGCCGAUUAUUGAUGAACAACGAUCGAUGAUACGCAAUGGCCGGUGCAUAACUGCACUGUCCAUCAACGACAUGGACUAUGGUAUUAAUAAUCAACAUAAUCGACAACAUCACCACCAAAACAACAACAACAACAACAGUGCCAACAUCUAUACCCCUCAAAAAUCGCCGCUAAUAUCGUCGGCAAUGUCUCAGUGCGUCCAACUGUCGUCCAACACUUCCAGCCAACAACUCGAUGGUAGUCCACUAUUAUGUAGUGACGACUACCGGAGCUAUAUCGACGAUGACAUCGACGACGACAUCGAUGACGAUCAGCUAUCGGUACCGACAGCCGGCAGUUCAUCGCCGGACAACACCGCCAACACUACCACUACAACUGCACCAAUGAUACAUCAUUUCUAUGAUCGGCCCAUACAUUACAAUACAGUCAACCAUCACAACAACAACAACAAUCGUAACCAACAAUCGGUGAUACAUCACUAUAACAUACCACCGCCGAGACCGCCGCCGCCGCCAACAUCGGCAAUGAUGGUCACUAGCAAUAGCCUACCACAUCAUCGGCUACAUCAUAGCCAUCACAAUCGCCAACAACGACAGCAACCCUAUCAACAACCACAACAACACCACUAUAGCUAUAUAAACAACUCGAGAGAUAAUUUUGAUUACGAUUACGGCUAUAGAUAA